AUGCAAUUGCAAAUAUUGUAUGCUGGACUGCUUGUGUUGCUUGCCGCUGUACUGGAUCGAGCAGGCGCCAUCCAAGACUCUACUGUGGAGAGCCAGAGCCCCUAUGAAGAGAAUCUGCCUGCUGAGUCGGUAUUUUUGGAGCUUGAGAAACAUAUGAAGCCCAUCGUUGAUCUACUGAAUUCUUCUCUCGGCCCAGACAAUGAGGAUGCUCUAGAACAGGAAUGCUUCGAGGUCUUUUCCGACUUGGUAGACAGCGUUUUUUCCCACAAAGUUCCAAGUGUUUCCGGCCUAAGGCUCGCAAUUUUGCACUUUUCGCUGUACUACACAAGCAAAGCAGUCGAAAAAAACCGGCACGUCCUCAGCAGAGAUAUGCUUGAUCAGCUUUCAGACGGGAUAUAUGCAGAUUUAAAUAGCCCGGCCACAGAGAGCAGCAUAUGCGAGAGCAUAGCCAAAAUCUGCUGUGCCAGCACCAAGCUAAUUCUUCUGUCAGGGGACACAUUUGUAAGCAGGCUUACUAAAAAGCCUGAAGUGCUUACGCUUGAAGAGGAAGACUUCAAAAAUCUUAUCUGGACGCUCCAUCUGCACUCGCUCCUCGUGGAGUUCCUCCCAACCCAAAAAGAAAAACUGGUUGUUCCCACGAAGAAAAUCCUUGCUAGCGCAAAGGAAUUUUUAGUGUCGUAUUAUGACGUUAGAAAGCUAUUGGAAACAGCCUAG